AUGGCACAAGGAACUUUAUCACUCGGUGGCGAACGUAUUACAGGCGAUUCAGUUCGUACUCAAAAUGUCUUGGCAGCUAUGGCCAUUGCCAACAUUGUCCGAACAUCAUUAGGUCCACUUGGUCUUGACAAAAUGAUGGUUGACGACAUCGGAGAUGUUACAAUUACAAACGAUGGUGCCACAAUUCUCAAACUACUUGAGGUUGAACAUCCUGCUGCGAAGGUUUUAGUUGAAUUAGCUCAACUACAAGAUCAAGAAGUGGGCGAUGGAACAACCAGUGUCGUAAAACUGUUGAAGAAUGCUGAUCAACUUGUAAAACAAAAAAUCCAUCCAACAUCGGUGAUUAGUGGUUAUAAACUGGCUUGCAAAUUAGCGGUUAAAUACAUUCAAGACAAAAUGGUGAUCAAUGUUGAUGAAUUAGGCGCUGAAUGUUUAUUGAAUGCCGCUAAAACAUCCAUGGCUAGUAAGGUUAUCGGAAUGGAUGCCGAUUUCUUCGCGAAAAUGUGUGUUGACGCUGCGAAUCUGGUUAAAUUCAAUGAAAAAGACAAAGUUGUUGUACCAAUCAAAGCGAUCAAUGUGCUCAAAGCACACGGUCGAUCAACACGAGAAAGUAUUUUAAUAUCAGGCUAUGCAUUGAAUUGCACGGUGGCAUCACAAUUAAUGACAAAGAAGAUCAGCAAUGCUAAAAUCGCUUGUUUGGACUUUAGUUUACAAAAAGUUCGAAUGAAAUUAGGCGUACAGAUUGUUGUCGAAGAUCCCGAGAAACUUGAAGCAAUUCGUAGACGAGAAACUGAUAUCGCCAAAGAACGUGUCGCUAAAUUACUCAAUGCUGGAGCCAAUGUUAUUCUAACAACUGGUGGUAUUGAUGACCUUUGCUUGAAACAAUUCGUCGAAGCAGGUGCCAUGGCCGUUCGUCGUUGUAAAAAAGCUGAUUUAAAACGUAUCGCCAAAGCUACAGGAGCAACAUUGUUAACUGCUCUGGCCAACAUGGAAGGUGAAGAAUCAGUUGAUGCAUCUGUCAUUGGUAGUGCCGAUGAAGUUGUUCAAGAACGCAUUUGUGAUGACGAACUCGUUCUUAUUCGUGGACCAAAAGCACUUGAUGCAUCUGUCAUUGGUAGUGCCGAUGAAGUUGUUCAAGAACGCAUUUGUGAUGACGAACUCGUUCUUAUUCGUGGACCAAAAGCACGUACAGCUGCAUCGAUAAUCAUUCGUGGUGCAAACGAUUUCAUGUGUGAUGAAAUUGAACGUUCCGUUCAUGAUGCAUUAUGUGUUGUUAAACGUGUUCUCGAAUCAAAACAAGUCGUACCAGGUGGUGGUUGCUGUGAAGCAGCUCUCUCAAUCUAUUUGGAAAACUUCGCUACCACAGUUAGUUCACGUGAACAAUUGGCUAUUGCAGAAUUUGCCUCCGCACUUUUAUCAAUUCCUAAAGCAUUGAGUGUUAAUGCUGCACAAGAUGCUACGGAACUUGUUGCUAAACUUCGCGCCUAUCAUAACGCAUCUCAAACCCAAAAGGAUAAAGAGCAAUUAAAAUGGUUCGGUUUAGAUCUUCAAGCUGGUAAAAUCCGGGAUUGUAAAUCCGGCGGUGUUUUCGAGCCAGCUAUAUCGAAAAUCAAAUCAUUGAAAUACGCAACCGAAGCGGCUAUAACAAUUUUACGUAUUGAUGAUAUGAUUAAACUCGACAAAGAAGAAAAGAAAGGUCGACAUGGUGAUGAAUGCAUGUAA